GGCCCCCUCCUCACCGCCUGUGGCCUGCUUUCUUCACAGCAUCGGUGGAGAGGUGGGGCGAGGCCACGACGCCGGCUACGUGGGCAAGCACUUCCGCAUGGGAUUCAUGACGAUGCCGGCCCCUCAGGACAGACUUCCCCAUCCGUGCUCCAGUGGCUUCACCGUGAGGUCGCAGUCCCUGCACUCGGUCGGGGGCACGGAGGAUGACAGCAGCUGUGGCUCCCGGAGACAGCCACCACCCAAGCCCAAGCGGGACCCCAGCACCAAGCUGAGCACCUCCUCGGAGACGGUCAACAGCCCUGCGGCCACCAAGAGCGGGAGGCCCGCCGAGAGGCCCGAAGUGUCUGCCAAACCAAGACCCCACAGUGAUGAGUAUUCAAAGAAGAUCCCCCCUCCGAAACCUAAACGGAACCCAAACACUCAGCUUAGCACGUCCUUUGAUGAAACCUACAUCAAAAAGCACGGGCCCAGGAGGACAUCGCUGCCUCGGGACUCCUCCCUGUCCCAGGUCAGCACCCCGGCGGGAGACCCCGAGGAGGAGGAGCCCGUGUACAUCGAGAUGGUGGGGAACAUUCUCAGAGACUUCAGGAGAGAGGACGACGACCAGAGCGAGGCCGUCUACGAGGAAAUGAAAUACCCCAUUUUCGACGACCUAGGCCAAGAUUCCAAAGGUGACUUUGACCAUCACAGUUGUUCUUCGCAGUGUGCUACUCCCACGGUGCCUGACUUGGACUUCGCCAAGUCCUCAGUGCCAUGCACUCCUAAGGGUUUGCUUUGUGACAUCCCCCCGCCCUUUCCUAACUUGCUGUCUCACCGACCCCCUCUGCUGGUGUUCCCGCCAGCCCCUGUGCACUGCUCCCCCAACUCSGACGAGUCUCCACUCACCCCGCUGGAAGUCACCAAGCUCCCCGUGCUGGAAAACGUGUCUUACAUGAAGCAGUCCGCGGGAGCCUCUCCCUGCUCCCUGCCACCUCACACCUCYGGCCACUCGAAACUGGAGAAGGACCAGCCAGGAGCCCUGGGACCUGCCUCUGCCACRUCUGUGCUCUCCUCGUCCCCGCCGCCUCCUUCCACUUUGUACCGAACGCAGUCUCCCCACGGCUACCCUAAAAGUCACUCCACCUCCCCCUCGCCGGUCAGCAUGGGCAGGUCCCUGACCCCGCUGAGCCUCAAGAGGCCUCCCCCCUACGACGCCGUGCAUUCUGGAAGCCUCUCCAGGAGCUCUCCCUCAGUGCCUCAUGCCACCCCCAGACCCGUGUCGCAAGAUGGGGCCAAGAUGGUCAACGYUGCGGUGAACACCUACGGGGCGGCUCCGAGUGGCUCUAGGUCCAGAACACCCACGAGUCCUUUGGAAGAACUCACCAGCCUCUUUACCUCAGGACGCAGCCUGCUGAGGAAGUCGUCCAGUGGCCGACGUUCCAAGGAGCCAGCAGAAAAAUCCACAGAGGAGCUGAAAGUCCGAAGUCAUAGCACAGAGCCACUGCCCAAGUUGGAAAGCAAAGAGAGAGGGCACCACGGGUCAUCAUCCUCCAGAGAGCCUGUCAAAGCUCAGGAAUGGGAUGGAACACCAGGUCCACCUGUGGUCACCAGUAGGAUGGGAAGGUGCUCGGUGAGCCCCACCUUGUUGGCAGGAAACCACAGCUCAGAACCUAAAGUAAGCUGCAAGUUAGGCCGAUCUGCAUCCACAUCAGGUGUGCCUCCRCCCUCGGCUCCUCCUCUCAGGCAAGCCAGUGACCUGCAACAGAGCCAGGUGGCUUGCAUGCAGUGGUUUCAUGGAGACCAUACAAUGCUUGAGAUGAUUGAGAAAAAGCGUUGCUUGUGCAAGGAAAUAAAGGCUAGACAGAAAACGGAAAAGGGCCUUUGCAAACAGGAUAGCAUGCCUAUCCUACCCAGCUGGAAGAAGAGCACAGGUGCAAAGAAGUGCAGCCCUCCGCCAUAUUCUAAACAGCAAACGGUAUUCUGGGACACUGCCAUCUGA